CCCCGUCUCCUCCCUGACACACAAAGGCGGGGGGACACGCGCGCAAUAUUUGGGGAAUCGCAGGGUUUUGGAUUUAUUUUCCAGCCGUAGUAAAAAAAAAAAAAAAAAAAAUGCUGGAAAGGUCACAUAAUAAUGAGCUCUUACAGCAAACACACUCUUCCCUUCCCCCUUCUCCUUCCUUCUAUCUCACAAUAAAAUCAUCUCCUUCAAUUUGCCAUGAUCGUCGCGACCAGGAGCCAGGUGAUUAUCCUAAUUAAUGUCUAUCUAAUUAAAUUACUGUCAGCGGUUAACCAAUGGCAGAAGCCGUUUCAUCCUCUCCACAAGCAGCAAGAUCAAAAGUGAGUCUUUCCUGAUUGCUGCAUAGUGUCAAUUGGCCAAUCUCUUCUCCCAGGGAAGGGAGGAAAAAAAAAAAAAAAAAAAAAAAAAUAAAUCAAACGUUUGGGAAGCAUUUGGUGGAUGAAGUGCUUUCUGUCUAGUGAGGGUCCCAGGAUGUCUAGCUUCUGAUACUAAGGAGCCCUUUCAGAUCCAGGGACUGAAGGGUUAUUACUGUGGUGCUAGAGCUAUGCAGCUGGAGCAUUGUCUUUCUCCCUCUAUCAUGCUCUCCAAGAAAUUUCUCAAUGUGAGCAGCAGUUACCCACAUGCAGGCGGAUCUGAGCUUGCCUUGCAUGAUCAUCCCAUUAUCUCGACCACUGACAACCUGGAGAGAAGUUCACCUUUGAAAAAAAUUACCAGGGGGAUGACGAAUCAGUCAGAUACAGACAAUUUUCCUGACUCCAAGGACACACCAGGGGACGUCCAGAGAAAUAAACUCUCUCCCGUCUUGGACGGGGUCUCUGAGCUUCGUCACAGUUUCGAUGGAUCUGCUGCAGAUCGCUAUCUGCUCUCUCAGUCCAGCCAGCCCCAGUCUGCUGCCUCUGCUCCUAGUACCAUGUUCCCUUACCCCAGCCAGCAUGGACCUGCUCACCCAGCCUUCUCCAUCGCCAGCCCCAGCCGCUACAUGGCUCACCAUCCUGUGAUCACCAACGGAGCUUAUAACAGCCUCCUGUCCAACUCUUCUCCGCAAGGCUACCCCACGGCGGGCUACCCUUACCCCCAGCAGUAUGGCCAUUCCUACCAAGGGGCACCUUUCUACCAGUUCUCCUCCACCCAGCCGGGGCUAGUUCCCGGCAAGGCUCAGGUCUACCUGUGCAACAGGCCACUCUGGCUGAAAUUUCACCGGCACCAGACGGAGAUGAUCAUCACGAAGCAGGGGAGGCGCAUGUUCCCUUUCCUAAGUUUUAAUAUUUCUGGUCUCGACCCCACGGCUCACUACAAUAUUUUUGUGGAUGUAAUUUUGGCGGAUCCCAACCACUGGAGAUUUCAGGGAGGCAAAUGGGUUCCUUGCGGCAAGGCGGACACCAAUGUACAAGGAAACCGGGUGUACAUGCACCCCGACUCCCCCAACACGGGAGCCCACUGGAUGCGCCAGGAAAUCUCCUUUGGGAAACUAAAACUUACAAACAAUAAAGGAGCAUCAAACAACAACGGGCAGAUGGUGGUUUUGCAGUCCCUCCACAAGUACCAGCCCCGCUUGCAUGUGGUGGAGGUGAACGAAGACGGGACGGAGGACACCAACCAGCCGGGCAGAGUGCAGACCUUCACCUUCCCCGAGACCCAGUUCAUAGCAGUCACCGCCUACCAGAACACCGAUAUCACACAGCUGAAAAUAGACCACAACCCGUUCGCAAAAGGCUUCCGAGACAAUUAUGACACGAUCUACACGGGCUGCGACAUGGACCGGCUGACGCCUUCCCCCAACGACUCGCCCCGCUCGCAGAUCGUGCCCGGGGCCCGCUACGCCAUGGCCGGCUCCUUCCUCCAGGACCAGUUCGUGAGUAACUACGCCAAGUCCCGCUUCCACCCCGGGGCAGGAGCCGGCCCGGGGCCCGGCGCCGACCGCAGCGUGCCCCACACCAACGGGCUGCUCUCCCCACAGCAAGCCGAGGACCCGGGGGCCCCGUCGCCUCAGCGCUGGUUCGUCGCCCCCGCCAACAACCGCCUCGAUUUCGCCGCCUCCGCCUACGACACGGCCACCGACUUCGCCGGCAACGCCGCCACGCUGCUUUCCUACGCGGCCGCCGGCGUCAAGGCGCUACCGCUGCAGGCGGCCGGCUGCGCCGGGCGGCCGCUGGGCUACUACGCCGACCCCUCGGGCUGGGGGGCCCGCAGCCCCCCGCAGUACUGCAGCAAGUCGGGCUCCGUGCUCUCCUGCUGGCCCAACAGCGCGGCGGCGGCGCGCAUGGCCGCCGGCAACCCCUACCUGGGGGAGGAGGCGGAGAGCCUGGCCCCCGAGCGGUCCCCCUUGCCGGGCGCCGAGGACUCCAAGCCCAAAGAUUUGUCCGAUUCCAGCUGGAUCGAGACGCCGUCGUCCAUUAAGUCCAUCGACUCCACCGAUUCUGGGAUUUACGAGCAGGCCAAAAGGAGGCGGAUCUCCCCCUCGGACACCCCGGUGUCCGAGAGCUCCUCGCCCCUCAAGAGCGAGGUGCUCACCCAGCGGGACUGCGAAAAGACCUGCGCCAAGGACAUCGGCUACUACGGCUUCUACUCGCACAGCUAGGCGCGGCCCGCCCGGCCCCGCCGUCCUUUUGCACAAUAACUCCUCCGCGUUAGCGCACUGACCCCCGCCCCUAGCUGCCCCAUCCGUACCCCCGGCCCGGCCCGGCCCGGCCCGGCCCGGUCCGGCAGGGAGGCAGAGCCGCGGCUGCCGCCGCUCCCCGCCCGGCCCGGCCCGGCCCGGCCCGGCGGCGCCCCGGGGGCGCGGGGGGCACCGCCGCUCCGAAACCCACUGAUAAGUAGGAUGCUUAGACUCUCUCAAACCGUACAGCGCUUCCUUCCUUUUACCACGGAUGGAUACUAGGGGAUAACAGUAAUGGUGGGGAAAAAGAGCCUGUGAAAUGCCUGUACAUAGUAUUUAAUUUAUUGUAACCGAUUACUUUUCUUGGGUUCUGUUUCUUCCUUAUUUGUUCGGAUUUUUUAAUUUUGUUUUCAUUGUUAAGUCACAAAACUUAGAUCCUGUUUAAAUUUCUUUACCACCCCCACCCUCCCCCUUUUGCUCCCUCUUCUUCCUGCCCCUCCCCGGGUAAACACUCUUUCUAAAUGCCUCUGGAAAUGUAGAGUGGUCCAUAGCUGUAGCAGCGAGUAAUGGGUUUCUCACUUUCUCUGCAACUCCUCGCAUGAAAUAAUUACGCUGUGCCCUGGGCUAACACAGCUAAGGAAUAGCUCAGCUCUCCCUUCAAAAGAACAGAAAUAUGUCUCGUAGGAAAGUCGAUUAAAGUAGCAUGACGCCUUCCAAAAGCAAAAUUAACUGCCUCUGUAUUUUUCUUUAAAAGGAAUAGCUCGACAGCAGCAAUAUUAUUAUUUUUGUGGUAUUCCUACCCCCCCCCCUCCCCCCCGCCCCCAAGUGCCAAAUCCAUUACUGGUCCCUGCAGGUGCCAAAUAUGCUGACAAACUCUUUUCAAAUUUCUUUGCAGUUUUCCCCUCUUUCUUUAUAUUGCUGUAAAUCUUUGUAAUGAAUAAUCUAAAAAAAAAAAAAAAAGAUAUAGACGACUGAAUUGUUGGUAACCAUAGUGUAGUCCAGUGAAGAUGAAUUGUGAGUUGUAUAUUUUACUGCAUUUAGUUUUGGAAUUGACUUUUUCAUAAAGUAGCUAACCGAGAUCUGACUUCCUGGGGAAUCCAAUGCACAUCGAAAGUAAGAGCGAUCUUUCCUGUAAACCUCUUAUUAUAUUAUGAAGGAGAACUUGUAUCCCUCCAGGUCUCCCCCCCCGGCGAAGCAGAAUAGUAAGUCUUCGAAUUUUGAGUAGCAAAUCUAUACAAUUAAUGCAUUUUUAUAUGGAAAAAAAAUUAAAAACUGAAAUAUGCAUCAGGCUAAAUAUUCAGUCUAGAUUACACUCGACGGGGAAAUUUCCUAAUAGAAAUUCAGGGUCAUAAACGUGUGUAUAUUUUUGACUCUUCUGUAAAUCGAAUGUUGUGAUUUUUAUAUUUGUUCUGUUACGUCUGUGGAACUGAAUAAUUUAUACCAGUACAUGCUCCAUUGAGAAAUGUUUCGGUUUUUGCCCGUUUGUAUCGUCUGUGUAUAACAAGUAAAAUAAACCUGGCAAAACGUUAA